AUGAGGCCUUUGACCUUCUUCUCCAAAGCCGUGGCGUUUCUGUCCUACACAGGGCGUCAAGGCUCAUCCAGCAAAAUCAAUGCUGCAAGUAAAGCCAACCUGCAGAGCCGUCUGUUGGACCUCCCUCCAGAGGUGGUGCUCACGAUUGUUGAGCACUGCAGCUUGGAUUCCUUAAAGGCUUUGCGAUUGACAUGUCGUCGAAUGAACGCUAUGCUCGAGGAGCUCACUCUGCGAACCGUCACAAUCAACAUUUCCUACGACACCCUCGAUACCGGUAUAGGACAGCUGCAAUCGCUUGCACAGGGAUGGGAGAAGAGUUGGAUGACGAAGAAGCUUAGGAUAGUCAGCCUUCGACCUACAUACUCGUCUGCGCUCAACAGUCGAGGCUUUCCUGCACCAGAGCGGCGGAAGUCCGACUUCGACAAACGGACAGUCAGGGCUACCAGUGAGCUCAUGAGGUUUCUACCUUUGGCUUUGGGUACUUUUAGGAGGGUCAACACCAUCGAGAUCACAUUGCACCACCAGGAUGUGCCAGGGUCGUGGCAAGUCGUCAUGGACUGGCUUCCUACCUUGCGGCAUCUACACACAUUCACGUUCAACGCACUAGAAGCGUCCAGUGGAACCCUGCGGCAGCUUCAGUUUGGAGGACUACCUUACCUGAAGACGGCUACUCUGAAUUUGAAAUGGCCCUACGCGAACCACGCAAGCGGGACUGAAACCCUCAACCUCAAUCUCUCUCGACUCGUCCUGCGAUCCCCUCGCCUCUCCUCCCUGUCCAUCAACAUCCGUCAUUCGUCUCUACGUUUUCUUACGUCGUUCAAGAAGACUUUCCUUGCGGCCAUCGAGGAGGUUUCCCCCGGACCUGGUCCUUCUAGUUUGACGUCACUCAGAUUGGAAGGGCAGAUCGUCAUCCGGCCUUCCUCUCUCCUCCAAUUGACUGGUCUCAAAACGUUGCAUCUGGAUAAUUGGCAAUCACGAGGCCUGAUGGAACAUGUGCACCCUGUGGACUACGAGCUCGUCUCACCUGCGAAACUCUGGCGCGCAUUAGAGAAGCAUGGUGUGUACUUGGAAGAAAUCACGGCGGGGAUGGUCCCAGAACUCGCAGAGUAUCUGAGAUCUUAUCGAGAGCUGCGAGCACUCUCGGUAACAGUCGACCAGACGCAGACGCCUCCCCAGCCUCUCGACCUUACCUUCUCCAACCUCCUCAAGAGUAUAGCGCGGCAUUGGGAGACCUUGACGUCGUUCGAGGUUGUGGGUGUUUAUCAUGCUGAGCUGCCAGGAUGGCAGUUCGUGCAUGAGCAUGCUGUAGAGCUAUCCAGGUGUCGCAGUCUCAGAACACUGCGAAUACCUCUUCCAAGUAGUAGCGAGGAAGACUUGAAUUCGUGCGUCGCUUCUUAA